AAAGCACGAAGCCCGAGGAAGAAGUAGGAGCCUGUGUCGGCGUGGACUCGAUGCUCGUGAAGCUUUAACUCACGCGUCAUGGUGCUACACGAGAGCAUGGAUCAGGCGUGAAGGAAGCGUGGCGCAGUAGCGAGGACAGAACAUGGAGCCGCAUCGCACGCCAUGUGUGCUAAGCAAGGCCUAGCAAGGUUUGGCGCUUGGUGACUCAUCAAGGGAUUCGGAUGCCUAAUUUACCAAGUAGGAAUCGAAAUUAGAGGACAAAAUUGGAAUCUCGAAGCCAGUGGCUAUGACCAAGGUAGAAUUGCGAGGUAAGUUGAUGUCGAGAGAAACGGAGCGGAACGAGACGAAACUCUCGGUAAGGGGGCUCUGAUUUCUCCCUGCUCGCGGAAAACGAGCACGGCAAGAAUGAUGGCAGAGGAGUGAGAACGAUCGUGAGGGGCGUUUGUGUAGGUUGUGGUAUGAUUCGGUAGCAGCUGGGAUAUUGUUCCAAGUUCUCUGCUGCUCAUCAGAGCCUUGAGUGUGUUUUGGAAUAUUUGGGUGAAUUUUGCGGAUUGUGUUGACGAUUGAUAUGACGCUUUUGUCUACAAGGGCCUGAGGUUGUAUCGUCUUCUUGUUCACUACGCACACGUUUCCGUUGCCGUGAAGUAUCUGUCCUCUGGUUUCUUCCUCGAUGUUGACUGAAAUGAUGAAUAUCGUGGAGAGCACGUGUUCGAGCAACUGAUCAGGAGUGAGAUUGGCUUUAAACACCUUCUGGGUUUCUGAGACUGAGAAAGUCCUGACAUUGGAGGAUUACGGGGCCGAAGGUGCAUUUUAGAGUGAUCAAUAGCACUGGAAUUUAUCCAGAAUUUCAGAAUUUGGGCUCUGUUUUGGAGAUAUGCCGGCGGCCCCCUCAGGGUAAUUUGAGGAGCUGGUUUGUGUUUUGGUUUCGGUGUCUUCAGGCAGUCGUUGGCUUUCGAAUCACGACACGCUAGUUGAGGACUAGGGAAUGCAAGAUUUGAUGAGGGUUUGAACAUGGUUUUGUGGAACGAAGAUUACCAAGACUUUUGACUUUCCAUAAUGUAGGAUUUCAAAAAUGCACUCAGAGGAAGGAGAUGAGGCGGAAUAGAACAGGAGGCAAUGGAGAUGCUACGAUUAGAUUAGCAUUGCGACAGCACUCUUUAGCGUAUCACCCUUCGGGAGAACGAUCGUCCCAAGGUUUGACACAGGAUUCCUCUGGUCCCCUCAUUUUUGGAAGCCAAUCCAAACAGGGUUGUGAUGCAUUUUUCUCUACAUGACGUGAAGGCACGACCUCCCGAUAAGCUCCACAAGAGUGGCAAAACACGCUUGUCAGCUUAAGCGCUGUGCGUCGGAAUUAGUGAAUUCUUAAGAGCAUAGGAGAAGUCAUGGAUACUUUGAAGGAUUUGUUGGAGGAGGCGAAACGUCGGACAAUUCUGGUCGCAAUUUUCUCCCUUUUCCUGGCGUACGCUAUGUCUUUGACCAGCAGUUCGGUAUGGAUCAAUCUACCUGUUGCGAUUCUCGUCUUAGCUGCUUUGCGUCGUCUCUCUUUCGAGGUUGAGAUUCGGUGGAAACUUUUUGAAAGCGAGCGUUCAACAACAUCGAAUUUGCACCAGUUAGGCAUCCACGAUCCGUUGCUUUCCGAAGCUUCCCAUGCUGUUGUAAACAGAUGGCGCCAUCAAUUUGAUUCUCCUGUUGUUGAGGCUGCUGUGGAUGAUCUCACCAAGGGUAUUAUUGACGAGUGGGUGACCAAUCUCUGGUACUCCUCCGUCACUCCGGACCGAGAGGCUCCUGAGGAGCUCCGCAUCCUCAUCAACGGCGUGGUAGCAGAGGUUGCCCAGCGUGCCAAGCGUGUAAACCUUAUUACUCUUCUUUCAAGGGACGUGGUGGAUCUUGUGGGCACACAGUUUGCGCUAUACCGGCGAAUGAAAGCGAGCAUUGGAUCUGAUAUAAUUGAUUCACUAUCCACCGAAGAGCGAGACGAGAAGUUGAAACAGUCUAUGAUGGCUUCUCGUGAGUUGCAUCCGGCCUUGAUCUCCCCCGAAGCUGAAUACCAGGUUUUGAAGAGGCUAACUGGAGGCAUCGUAGCUUUGGUACUCAAACGACAAGAUGCACGUUGUCGACUAUUGAGAAUUAUGGCUCGGGAGCUCCUGGCUUGUGUAGUGCUGCGUCCUGUUAUCAAUCUCGCUAGUCCUGCGUUCAUCAAUGAAACGAUUGAGAAUUUCGCAUUGGCUUCGCAUGAGAAAGCGCGUCUUGCAGCUGAAGAAGCUGCCGAAGCAGCGAGAGCAGCCAAACAACGGCUCCCGGAUCGGGUUAUGCAAAGGAAGCCUUCAGUUUCCGGUCUGGAGAUGACUUCCUUGGCGAAAUCAGAAACUAUCGCAAAAGCAUCAGGAAUUGUCUCAAGCAAGAAGAAUGAUGAGAGGCUAUCCGCUUCAGUCGGAGACAUUGGCAUGUCUUCUGCAGGACAACAGGGUGUUCAUGAUGAUGUGGAAGAAUGGGGACCCAUUCCUCGUGGAGAUUGGGCCCAGGUUCUCGAUGCUGUAACACAACGCCGAGCACAAGCACUUACUCCUGAACAUCUUGAUAAUUUAUGGGCCAAAGGGAGGAAUUAUAAGAAACGAGAAAAUCAGAAAGUCGCAGCUAUUGCUAGCGGAAUCCAAAGCAAUAGAGAUAGUACUGAGAGAGCCACAGCAGUUGAUCCUGUCUCUAAAGUGCCGAAGAUGUCGUCUACUGGCAAAGGCAGUCCUGCAAUCACAGAUUCUGCAGAUGUCGUACUGGCUACGUCCAUUCCGUUGAAGAAAGAACCAAGUAACACUAGCGAGCAGUACAAGACGCUGUUAUUUGGGGACCCCAAGGAUGAUGAAGGUUUAGGAAUACGCGGGAUAGGAUUUUCGCCAAUUAGAUCAUUCGAUCGCAACUCAAUUAGGCCAGAUGGUUUCAACAAUACUCAGCUUACCCCUAGUAGGAAAGCUUCAGAGCUAAUGAGGUGUCGUAGUAAUGAAGACUUAACGUCCUUCAGCAGUGAUCACCAACCAAUGGCAGCAAAUAUUACACAUGUGCUCAAUGGGGAUAGUAAUCUCACAAAGUCGGAGUUUGAACCACAUGAUUUGCACCGACCUCAUCGACGUUUAACACACCGGAAGUCCAGAAGUAUGGGUGGUGAACUCGAUGGUUGGCUGCAGUCAGGACGGCGAGGUGAGGGACUUUCGACACUUUUAAGUGCUGAGGAAGGAACCCUCGGUUGUGAUGCUCCGCUCAGAGAUCAGAAACUUGAGAGCAGUGUGGUGAAGCCUGAGAGAGAGGAGGCGCAGACUUCGCAGUUGGCCAUGAAAUCGUCUCCGCAAGUGGUGCCUAAGUUACUGAAGUGUCGGGUCAUGGGAGCACAUUUUGAGAAGAGUGGAUCGAAGUCGUUUGCGGUGUACACUAUUAAGGUGACUAAUACUCAUCAUCAAAGAUGGCGAGUUGAAAGAAGGUAUCGCAACUUUGAGCAGCUACAUAGGCGCUUGAAAGAUAUACCUUCUUACAAUCUGAGUCUUCCUCCAAAAAGAUUUCUUUCUUCUAGUCUUGACACUACUUUUGUGCGGGAGCGUUGCAUACUUCUUGACAAGUACUUGAAAGAUUUGUUAGCGAUCCCCAGCCUCCUAGAAUUGUCUGAAGUCGGCGAUUUCUUCAGUGUCAACUCUCAGCACUACGCCUUUGGCAUUUCACCACCUAUGAUGGAGACAUUAGCAGUGAAUGUAGAUGAUGCCAUGGACGAUAUGUUUCGCCAGCUUCGAGGCGUUUCAGACAACAUAUCUGGGGCCCUGAACCAAGCAACAAGUGGAAUUUUGCAAAGGUUGCCGUUAGGUAGUGGAGAUGUUGAUCAAGUUGUGAGCACGAGCAAUUCUCAGAUCAACAGAACCUCGACCUCCGAAAGUUCUUCUUCUCAACGUCCUGAGCCGUUGUCUACUCUUAUUAUUCCUGAUAGUGACUUUGGUGAAAAAGGUCUUAGCAACUCAAUCUUGGAAGAGGAGUACGAACGAAAUUAUCGCAGACAUUCGGAGGAUGCUGGACGGAGGGUGGGAUCAUUCGGAUUGGAUUCGGACAGUGAAACGGCUGCGGAUGCUCUUGAGACCAAUGCUAUGAAGAGUGCAGUACAUUUGUUUGCUUCUAGUCAGCCGGACAUGAGGGCUAAUCGGCUUUUUGGAAGGCGCUUAGAGAGAGCACUUUCAGAUAGUCAUUCGCCAGUAGAUUCAUUUGCCUCUGACGGAAUUGUAGAUGAUUUGGUGAUCCCCCAGGAGUGGUCCCCACCAAAAGUGACUGUUCCUCUUCUUAAUUUGGUCGAUCAGAUUUUUCAGCUCCAAGGCCGUGGGUGGAUCAGACGUCAGGUUCUAUGGAUAGCGAAACAGGUUCUUCAGCUUGGCAUGGGCGAUGCUUUUGACGAUUGGCUCAUUGCUAGAAUACAAUGGCUUCGGAGAGAGGAGGUGGUAGCAUCGGGCGUACAGUGGUUGAAGGGGGUGCUUUGGCCAGAUGGUAUAUUUGUGACGAAGCACCCUCGGAAUUCACCUCCAAGUGAUUCAUCGGCCCUGGAGGACAACCGGAUGGAAUUUCCUGACGAGAGCAAAGCGGGGCAGCAACGUCCGCCAGUGAAUUUAACUGAGCAAAAGCCUGAGGCUGCAAGACGAGCUGCAGUUGUUCGAGAGAUUAUCCUUGACAAAGCACCUGCCCCAUUGGUUAGUAUUAUUGGCAAGAAGCAGUACACAAGAUGCGCGAAAGACAUUUAUUACUUCUCUCAGGCUAGUGUAUGCAUGAAGCAGUUGGCGUACAGCUUUCUGGAAAUGCUCCUGCUUGCCACAUUUCCAGAGCUUCACGAUUUGGUUCUUGAUGUUCGUAGCAGUGUUAUGUGACUGGUGCAUUACAUGCCAUAGUACAUUCCAUAGCCAGUCAAGGGUGAUACGUUUACACUGCACAUUUAACAGGCAGUUGAAUAGCAGCUUAUGAUCCUGACUCUGUAUUAUGACUUCUUAGUUUGAUGAUGUGUCUCGGUGGGCUUCUGUCAGCGGUCGGGAUGAAUACAAUUUGUAGUUCAUUUUUCUCCCAAAAGUGGGUGUAGAUCGAUAGGAUGUAAGUACAAUGUAAGAAGAAAUUAAUUUGAUUAAAUUAAUUUUCAUUAAGCUACGGUCACAA